ACAUAACCACACAUUUUCAAUUUUGUUUAGUGAAGGUGACGAAGUGUUUUUAUUAGCUCUUCUCCCAAUUUCCGCGACAUUUAUCUACUUUCCCGAGCAAUUUCACUCCCCAGUGUAACACAAAAUGGCACGGCGUUAUGACUCCCGGACGACAAUAUUCUCCCCGGAGGGGCGCCUGUACCAGGUGGAGUACGCCAUGGAGGCCAUCUCCCACGCCGGCACGUGUCUGGGCAUCCUGGCCAAGGACGGCAUCUUGCUAGCGGCUGAGCGACGCAACACCAACAAACUCCUGGACGGAGCGAUCUUCUCCGAGAAGAUCUACAAGCUGAACGACGAUAUGGUGUGCUCCGUGGCCGGAAUCACGUCGGACGCCAACGUGCUCACGAAUGAGCUGCGCGUGAUUGCCCAGCGGUAUCAGAUCAACUACGGCGAGGCGAUGCCCUGCGAGCAGCUCGUGUCGUACUUGUGCGACAUCAAGCAGGCGUACACGCAGUACGGCGGCAAGAGGCCCUUCGGCGUGUCCAUCCUGUACAUGGGCUGGGACAAGCACUACGGCUACCAGCUCUACCAGUCAGAUCCCAGCGGCAACUACAGCGGCUGGCGGGCGACUUGCAUCGGCAACAACUCCGGCGCGGCCGUGUCGGCGCUGAAGCAGGAGCUGAAGGAGAACGAGAUCACGCUGGGCGAGGCGCAGGAUUUGGCCGUGAAGGUGCUGAGCAAGAGUCUCGACAUGACAAAGCUCACGUCUGAGAAGGUGGAAAUGGCCACGCUGACCAGGGAGAACGGGAAGACGGUCAUAAAGAUCCUCUCGAAUGCCGAUGUGGACGCCCUGAUCGCCAAGUAUGAGAAGAUUGAGGCGGAACUGGAGGCCGCCAAGAAGGAGAAGUUGGCGCAGAAGUAAUGGAUUUGUUCACAAUUUAUCUUUUUUGUCAGGAGAGAUCUUCAAUAAUAAAAACUUUGCUAUUCUAUAAUUAAGAAUGCCCGCUUCUUCGGCUGAUGGAUCAAUUAGAGUGUCCGGAAAGAAAAACAGGCAUUAGAGGCGCAGCAAAAGAGGAAAGGGAGAAAAUAUGCAAAUGCCGCAAUGAGUUAAAAUAUAUUCGCAAAUGACACAUUGUUGGGAAUAUAGUACCAUGGUCAAGGCAUGGGGCAGACAAUAAAAAUUGGGGAAACGCGCAGAUUUC